GCUCCUUUGACAGAAGGGGGGCUCAGAGCUGGGAUGAUGAGACUUCAAAGGUGAAGGUCAAGCCCACUACCCCACUCCUCCCCCAAUCUUGGCCACCCUCCCGUGCACCCCUCCCCCAGGCUGUCCUCUAUAAAGACCCUGCAGCCCCAUUCCCCUGUGGGCUCCUAGGAGUUAAGGGCCAGGUGAGGGCUGACCAGGGAGGCGGGUAAUUUUGAUGUAAGAGAACGGGGUCAGAUGAUUUGAGGGACAAGAAUUCAGUGCCUGGGGGCCGAAAGGCAGCAGAAGGCGGGCACCAAAGGAUAGGCACCCGGAAGGUGGACGCCGAGGAGGAGAGAGGACGGGGGUCUCUCACCCCAGCUCCUGGUCACCAUGCUGCUGGCUGUGCUGCUGCUGCUACCCCUCCCAAGCUCAUGGUUUGCCCACGGGCACCCACUGUACACGCGCCUGCCCCCCAGCACCCUGCAAGUUCUGUCGGCCCAGGGGACUCAGGCGUUGCAGGCAGCCCAGAGGAGCGCCCAGUGGGCAAUAAACCGAGUGGCGAUGGAGAUCCAGCACAGAUCGCACGAGUGCCGAGGAUCUGGGCGCCCCAGGCCUCAAGCUCCCCUCCAGGACCCACCUGAGCCAGGGCCGUGCGGCGAGAGGCGUCCGAGCACUGCCAAUGUGACGCGGGCCCACGGCCGCAUCGUGGGGGGCAGCGCGGCGCCGCCCGGGGCCUGGCCCUGGCUGGUGAGGCUGCAGCUCGGCGGGCAGCCUCUGUGCGGCGGCGUCCUGGUAGCGGCCUCCUGGGUGCUCACGGCAGCGCACUGCUUUGUAGGCGCCCCGAAUGAGCUUCUGUGGACUGUGACGCUGGCCGAGGGGUCCCGGGGGGAGCAAGCGGAGGAGGUGCCAGUGAACCGCAUCCUGCCCCACCCCAAGUUUGACCCGCGGACCUUCCACAACGACCUGGCCCUGGUGCAGCUGUGGACGCCGGUGAGCCCGGGGGGAUCGGCGCGCCCCGUCUGCCUGCCCCAGGAGCCCCAGGAGCCCCCUGCCGGAACCGCCUGCGCCAUCGCGGGCUGGGGGGCCCUCUUUGAAGACGGGCCUGAGGCUGAAGCAGUGAGAGAGGCCCGUGUUCCCCUGCUCAGCACCGACACCUGCCGAAGAGCCCUGGGGCCCGGGCUGCGCCCCAGCACCAUGCUCUGCGCCGGGUACCUGGCGGGGGGCGUUGACUCGUGCCAGGGUGACUCGGGAGGCCCCCUGACCUGUUCUGAGCCUGGCCCCCGCCCUAGAGAGGUCCUGUUCGGAGUCACCUCCUGGGGGGACGGCUGCGGGGAGCCAGGGAAGCCCGGGGUCUACACCCGCGUGGCAGUGUUCAAGGACUGGCUCCAGGAGCAGAUGAGUGCAGCCUCCUCCAGCCGCGAGCCCAGCUGCAGGGAGCUUCUGGCCUGGGACGCCCCCCAGGAGCUGCAGGCAGACGCCGCCCGGCUCUGCGCCUUCUAUGCCCGCCUGUGCCCGGGGUCCCAGGGCGCCUGUGCGCGCCUGGCGCACCAGCAGUGCCUGCAGCGCCGGCGGCGAUGCGAGCUGCGCUCGCUGGCGCACACGCUGCUGGGCCUGCUGCGGAACGCGCAGGAGCUGCUCGGGCCGCGUCCGGGACUGCGGCGCCUGGCCCCCGCCCUGGCUCGCCCCGCUCCGGCGCUCAGGGAGUCUCCUCUGCACCCCGCCCGGGAGCUGCGGCUUCACUCAGGAUCGCGAGCUGCAGGCACUCGGUUCCCGAAGCGGAGGCCGGAGCCGCGCGGAGAAGCCAACGGCUGCCCUGGGCUGGAGCCCCUGCGACAGAAGUUGGCUGCCCUGCAGGGGGCCCAUGCCUGGAUCCUGCAGGUCCCCUCGGAGCACCUGGCCAUGAACUUUCAUGAGGUCCUGGCAGAUCUGGGCUCCAAGACACUGACCGGGCUUUUCAGAGCCUGGGUGCGGGCAGGCUUGGGGGGCCGGCAUGUGGCCUUCAGCGGCCUGGUGGGCCUGGAGCCGGCCACACUGGCUCGCAGCCUCCCCCGGCUGCUGGUGCAGGCCCUGCAGGCCUUCCGCGUGGCUGCCCUGGCAGAAGGGGAGCCCGAGGGACCCUGGAUGGAUGUAGGGCAGGGGCCCGGGCUGGAGAGGAAGGGGCACCACCCACUCAACCCUCAGGUACCCCCAGCCAGGCAACCCUGAGCCAUGUCUGGGCCCCCAGCCCCUGGGGAGGACCUGCUGCUCCCAGGGGCUGAGAGGGGUUCGGGAGCAUAAUGACAAACUGUCGCUGCCCCAGUGGCUGGGUGUGUGUGGGUGGGAUGGGGCGGGGGUCCUGGGCCCCCCGUGUCUUCCCAGGUUUACAAUCAGAGAAUCACAGCUGCUUUAAUAAAUGUUAUUUAUAAUACA